GAAGAAAAACCAGACGAGCCUGAAACAAUCACCAAACCUUCUGGUCAUAAAGCAACCAAGAAAAGAAAAUGACUGGAGCCGCUGUGUCCGUGUGCCUAUUUUUCCUCCUGUCCAUCUGUUCAGCGUGUUACAUCUCCAAUUGUCCAAUCGGAGGGAAGAGGUCCAUCAUGGAUGCACCACAGCGCAAGUGCAUGGCGUGUGGCCCUGGAGACAGGGGUCGCUGCUUCGGACCCAGUAUCUGCUGCGGGGAGGGUCUCGGCUGCUUGCUGGGCUCCCCAGAAACUGCUCACUGUGUGGAGGAGAACUACCUGCUCACCCCCUGCCAGGCAGGAGGGAGACCUUGUGGGUCAGAGGGAGGACGCUGCGCUGCCUCAGGAGUCUGCUGUGAUGCAGAAAGCUGCACUACAGACCAAUCCUGCCUCAUGGACGAAGAAGGAGACGACCAGGUCAGCCAGUUUGACGGCGGCGACCCUGGUGACAUCAUCCUCAAGCUGCUGCAUCUGGCUGGUCACACUUCUCAUCGAGUCCACCAAUGAGCUGCUUCAGACACCACGGCCUCUUUGGAAACAAGAACCGGGACCUGUAGUUGUAGUUAAUGUAGUAAUAGUUCUCUGUUUGUCUUCAUCUCUCUGUAGAGUGCCUUUGUUGAUCUAUUUUUAUGUAUGAAAAAGGGAUGAAUAUGGACAGUGGUCAUCCAGAUAUAUGCAUGCAGAAAUAAAGUUUGGGAGAGUA